AAUUCAACUUAUUCUUUUGCACCUAGAUAUAGAGAAAAAAAGAUUGACUGCUAUAAAAGAAAAUGAAGAAUUUGCCACAAAGCUGGGUUUGCCUGUUAAGAAGAGAAAGUUUGAAAGACAUGUUCUCCGCAUUGAUCCUCCAUCAAUUGCUGAAGAUGAAGAUAAUGAUACUGAAGAUAGUGAACAUAGUGAAGCAGAAAUCCCGAUCAUUGAAAAGAGAGAGCUCAUUGAUGGUGAAGAGGUGUACCUUCAUGUAGAUGACUUGGAAGUGUUUAAAGCAAAGUUUGAACAAACAGACUCAUCAAACUCAACUGUACACGGUGAACCCAUUAAAGAAAAGGAGGGACGCUUUUUUAUCACAAAAGUUUUACGGAAUGCAGUAAAGUGGAGUGGCUUUAAUUGUGAGAAAAUGGGUAAAGGUGCAGCAAUCCUUUGGAAUAAAGAAGAUGUCAAACGAAGAUCAGUUUUAGCAGAACAAAAGGUUGGAACUGAAGCUUCAUAUCCAACAGUUCUCACUUCUAGAAAACGAAAAAGAAAUCCAGAAGAAUGGAAAAAUAAUUUACGGAAGAAAGCUGUAAAUACAGGACAAGAAUUUUCAUACCAAGUCAAAAAUAAUAAAGAUGGUCAAAUGAUAACAAAAAAGAUUAAAAAGAGGGAGAUAAAACCACCAUGUCAAGAAAAGUGCCGCCUCCAAUGUUCAAAAUCCUUCACCAAUGAAGAACGUUUGAAAAUCUUUCACAAAUUUUAUAACACAGGUGACAAAUGUAAACAAUCUCAGCAGCUAGCGACAUUGGUUACACAAGCUCCUAAAAAGCGGUCCACAAAAGAUGAGAAUUACCAACCGAAAAGAAAUAGGGAGUUCACAAGGCUGUACACUUUGAUCAGAAAUGGUGUACAAGUCAAAGUGUGCUCUACUAUGUUCCUCAACACACUUGGAAUUAAUAAGAAAAGAGUUCGUACUGUUUUGAGCAAUGUCACAGACACAGGAGCUCCAUUGGUCGAUGGCAGAGGCAGGCACAAAAAUCAUAAAACUUCGGAGGAGAGAGAGAAGCUAGUAAUUGAACACAUCAGCUGUUUCAAAGUUGUUGAGUCUCAUUAUGUGAGAAAAGAUGCCAAAUAUGAGUAUUUACCAAAAGAACUCAGCGUAGCUGAAAUGUAUAGGAUGUACAGUGAGUGGUGCAGCAAAAAGGGGUACACCUUAGAAAACUAUGCGUUUUAUUAUCGUGUCUUCAAGGAAAAAUUUAAUUUGAAGUUUCAACAGCCAAAAAAAGAUAAAUGCGACACAUGUGAGGCAUACAACAAUCUUGACAAGACACAAAUUGAUAAAGAAGUUGAACAGUCUCAAAAGAACCAUCUUCAUGAUAAAGAUCGUGUUCGAGAGAUUAAAGAAACCUGUAAAAAAAUGGCCAGUGAAAAUACUGAUGUUCUUGCUGCAGCCUUUGAUCUUCAAAAGGUCUUGCUAUGUCCCUUCGGACAAACAAGUUCCUUUUACUAUUCACGUAGAUUAACCAACCACAAUUUUACCAUCACUGAGCUAGAUAACAUGGAUACUUACUGUUAUUUUUGGAAUGAAUCACAGUGUCGAAAGGGGUCAGUUGAAGUUGCAACUUGUUUGAAGAAGUUCAUCCAAAAAAGAUCCGAAGAUGGAAUUCGUGACUUUUUCUUAUUUUGCGAUAGAUGUGGAGGACAAAACAACAAUCGCAUGAUAUUUAUCAUGCUAUCUGAUAUAAUGUACACGUGUGGGAUCAAUUCCAUCACUUUAAUCUAUCUUGUGUCAGGUCAUUCACAUAGUGAGAAUGACAAUGCACAUUCCAUGAUUGAACAAAUGGUUAGGAAUAAAACCAUUUACACAUCUGCUGAAUGGGAAACUAUUAUCAAAUGUGCUUUCAAAAAGAAUCGAUGUUUUCUGGAAGUUCUAAACCACAGGGAUAUUAUUGAUUACAAAAAUGUAUCUGCCUUUCCUGAAUUCAAUUCAGUGAUGCUUGAUAAGACAGAGGAGGAGAUGACUGCCAAAGAGAAGGAGCAACAAAAGGCUUUAAAUGAAACAAUAGGUAUGUCAAAUAGGAAAGUAAACAAAGUCUACUGGUCAGAGAUCGUUGAAUUAAAAUUUGAGUACAACAAUCCUGAGCAAAUCUUUUUUAAAUACAGCUAUGAUGAGGGGUAUCGCAAAGCUACAUUUUCUGCUCCAAAAAGAGAAAUAAGAAAGAAAGAAUUGGUUCAGAGGAAAAAGCAUAUGGAAAAAUAUCCAUUUCCUUGUGGUAUUUCAUCACAAAAAAAAGAAGAUUUAAAGAAACUUUGUUCUAAAGGGUUGAUUCCAGAACGACACCAUUCCUUUUUUGAUAACCUACCAGUUACAAAAUGAUUGUUACACUCUACCAGUGAUUUCAAUAUUUCAAUUUUAUUUUUAUUUUUUGUUCCAUUUAAAUUUUCCUAAUUUAUUUCUAGAUUUAAUAUAUUAACAAUUUAGAUAGACUGCAAUACUAACAAUAUUCUCAAAAUUAUUUUACGAAACUUUUAUUUUCAUAAAUGUUUGUCUCAUUUAUAAAGUAAAUAACCUACAAAAUAAUGCAAAAACUUCUAUUUUUAACUUUACAUGCAUACAAAGAUUCUUGAACAACCUUGAACAAUGUUUGAUUAAACAAAAAUUUCUAAGGGGUGGGACUUGGAGUCAGAGAUUGUAUCACAACGUGGCAGUGGAAUGAGGGUAUCAGUAUCAAAUGAUUACCGCCCUUUCUCCAUCUACAACAUCGUGUUCUGAGAAUAUUUUAUUUUUUAUUUUUUGUUCCAUUCAAUCUAAUUUAUUUCUAGAUUUAAUAAUAUAUUUACAAAUGAAAUUUAUUUUUAAAUAAACUUCUCUAUUCUUGGCUCAAUAUCUUCUAAGAUAUCUGUUGCUAUGUGCAUUGUAUAGUAGCCUAAAAUAAUGUAAAAAAAACUGCAAUCAACUACUUCUAUUUUUAACUAAACAUGCAUACAAAGGUUUUCACAAAUCUUAAACAGUGUUUGAUUAAACAAAAAUUCUAAGGAAAGAAACGUGGGGUUUCACCACGUGGCAGUGAAAUUAGGGUGGCAGUAUCAAAUGAUACCUCCCUCCCCCUAUCCAUGACAUCACGUGGUGAAUAUAUUUAAAUUUAUUUGUAUUUUCUGUUCCAAUUGAAUAUUUCUAAUUUAUUUAACGAUAUAUUUAGUAAAUAGAUAGACUGUGUAUACUAGUAAUGUUCUGCA